ACAGGUCUCGCUAGGGUUCUUCGGUCCUCCACCCACCUUUGCCCGCGAAAUGUUUCCCGCCAUUUCGUGUCCGCAUUUCCCGCUACCCGCCUCGCUCUGCUCCCCAGAUCCCUCGCCCCCUCUUCCCUCUCCGCUCCCCCACGUCAUCUAGUCGCCGCCCCCGCUCACCGAUUGUCCUCCGCUGUGGAGCGAGCAAGCAGCGGCGAAGCGAUGGAGGAGGAGAUCCGAAAGGAGUUCCAGAGUAACGGCUUCUCCAUCGGAGGAGCCGGCCCCGAGGACGCCGCCCAGAUCCUCUCCACGCUGCUGACCUACUGCAUCAACUACAAGAUGAGCCCCGCGGAUCUCGUCUCAAACUGGGAGGUCUACUACCUCAAUAGGCAAUUGGAUGGCUUAAAGCUCGAAAGCUCGUAUCUUGAUGGUUUUCUGUCACACCUUCAAAAUGAAGUUAAAGACAGGAUAAUAAAAGAAGAAGCCAACCUUCACAUUUACUCCAGUAACGAUGUUGACAUGCUCUUAAGCAAUUCACAUGUAGAUGAAGCAGCAUUCCAUGACACACCAGGCUAUGAACAGGAAAAGGCACCUGAAGGAUCAUCUAUCUCUGAGUUAACUCCUCUGGCAAGUGACAGACCAUCAUCCAGCAGAGUGGCCAAAACAAAUGCUGAUCGUAUUACCCCUUUUGCAACACGAGUAAAUAAAUUUACCCAACAGUAUGUUCUCAAUGCUGAUAACGCAGUUGGUGUGCCAAGUAAAAGUGCUGAAAUCACAGAAGAUGAAAUAAUUAGAAGAGUUCAACCUAGUCAAAGAUGUUACUUACAAGUUCAGCGCUCACAGCCUGAACCAGGUUGCAGAUUCAUGUAUGACAGAAUGGAAGACAGAUUUAAUUACUUGGAAGAUCGGAUACGGAAAUCGGCGAGCUUGUUUUCUGCAUCUGGAUUUUGUGGACAACCUGCAGAUGCUACCCUUGCUUCAGAGGAGAAAAUGUUUGCAGUCGGUACAGUAGCCUGUGACGGGGAAGGUCAUUUGAAUGAAAAGUCUAUCUUGCUACAGGGCAGUGUUGAACACUCCAGGGGGCAGUGUGUGCGCCUUGACUUGAAGGAUCUUGAUCACUUCUCUUUGUUUCCUGGGCAGGUGGUGGGUAUUGAAGGCCACAAUCCCAGUGGACACUGUUUUGUUGCAUCAAAAUUAUUUGAUUCCAUACCGGUCUCUGUGGAUGCUCAACUUCCCAGUGCUAAGAAACAAGCUAUUGAUAAUGAAAGCAACCAAAAUUCUGACGCUGGCACUCUGUCAAGAGCAUUGUCAUCGAUCAUCGCAGCAGGUCCCUAUACAACAACCGAUAAUAUGUUGUUUGAGCCACUUCAAGAACUUCUUUCAUAUGCUUGUCGAAAGCCGCCUCAGCUUCUCAUAUUGAUGGGACCCUUCAUUGACUCUGAUCAUCCUGACAUAAAAAAGGGAACUAUUGACCAGAGCUUUCAUGACAUUUUUCAUUUUGAAGUUCUGAGAAAGAUUCAAGACUUUACCCAGUAUCUGGGGAACACCGUUCGUGUAAUUCUCAUUCCAUCUGUGCGAGAUGCUCACCAUGACUUUGUUUUCCCUCAGCCUGCAUUUGAUUUGAAUUUGCUAGAAGAUACCACCCAUCAGAUUACUUCUCUGGCAAAUCCAUGUCUCUUCGGUUCCAACGAGAUAAAUUUUGGCUGUUGUACAGUGGACAUUCUGAAACAGCUCAGUGGCCAAGAAAUUUCUCGCAAGCCACCUGGCGGAAAGCCUGGAGACAGGAUUGGUAGACUUGCCUCACACAUACUAAAGCAGCAAAGUUACUACCCUCUAUAUCCUCCUGCCCCCGGUGUGCCGUUAGACUUGUCACUCGCUAAGGAAGCGCUGGAGAUCCCAUCAGCGCCAGAUGUUCUCCUCCUUCCUUCUGAUCUCGCACCAUUUGUGAAGGUGCUCUCCCUUGGAGAAGGUAGCGACGACGACAGACGGUUUAUCUGUGUGAACCCUGGGAGGUUGGCGAAGGGUAUUGGCGGGGGCACAUUUGUGGAGCUUUACUACAACGAGGGCAUCGACAAGACCAAUGCCUCCAUCAUCCGCAUAUAGGAUCGCUGAAACUAGGGUGCGCCGCAGAAAAUCACGUACGUAGUUUUUGAGCUCGGAAAAUCCAUCUCAGCGUUUGUUAUCCCAGGAAGUGUUGCUUAACAUGUGGCAUCUCCGCUGCAACCGAGUACCUGGACUGAAAUGUUCAUGUUAUCGUCAACUAACAACUGACCUGGUUUACUUCAGGCCCUACUGUAUAAUUACAGGAAUUGGUUGGUCCAUCUUUGCUGUUUUCCACAGCAUUCUUAUGGUAAAAUUAUUACUGGG